AUGUCGCCUUCUGCCGCACCGACACGGGGAACCCCCGAUUCCUGCCGCUGCUGCCACGACACAACGCGGUCGUCUCCACUUCUUGGACACGUGUCUGCUUGUUGCCUGAACGACUCAUGUGAGUCGACCGCGCACAGAAAUAGUGCGUGCCUGCUUUUCCAAUCUGGCGUAUCCUCUUUCCUCCUCUCUUCGUCGGGGUACACAUACGUCCACACAUCCACAGCACACCGCAACACAGUCACCGCCGUCAUGUCCGUCUCUUCCUCCGCUGCGAAGGUGGCACCGAAGACGCUUAACCAGUUCCGCAACUUCUCGUAUCUCGUGGUCGCAUGGCUCGGCUUCAACAAAGGCUUCCGUGAGAAGGCCGCCAACGAUGCGGAGUGGGUCGCCCACCAGCAGCGGGUGCGUCAGCAAAACGUGGAGCGCCACCAGGCUGCCCAGGCCAUGGCGGAGGCAAAACAGAGUGCCGGGCUGGAGACGACUAUUCCGGCGAUGGUGCCGGAGGGCUUGCAUGAGGUGUACAAGGAUGUGGAGAAGGCCAUGCACUAG